AUAAUUCAUGAGUUAAAUAUUAUGUAGGAUAAAAAAAGAAGGCGUAAGUGACGCUAGGAGGAUCAAUUGACCGAUUUGAACAAUAAAAACGGAUACGAUCGAAACUUAAAAUUCUCAUAGAGACAAUCGACUCUAAACUCUCAACAGUUAUGCCGCAAGCAAGAAAUAAAGUUCUCCUUCAAGCUCAAGAUUCAACCUCUUUUGGUGCUAAUUCAAGAUUCAUAGCCGUAGUCAAACAAUCGGAAAAGAUGGAACGACGAGCCCAAAUGGCCAAUGCUAUUGAGAAGAGAAUGUCAAGAAUGAAACUUAAAGUUAUCGAAAGACACGCUGAUAUACUUGAAAGAAGGUUGGAGAGAGUUUGUCUCAGAACAAAUCAGAGUUUAAAGAAGAUUUUAGCAUAUAGAAAGGUAGUAAAUGAAAAUACAUCUUAUUCAACCGAGAGUCGGUCGUUUCGUUUCCAAGUGGAAAAGGCAAUUGCGGAAAUGGACGAUAUGAAAAUAAAAAAUGAUAAAACUAAAAAACUUUUAGAAAUGAGUAAAGAAGAGCAAAGCGUCUGUUUAAAAAAGGGAAUGGCGUUCCUAAAAAGACGCCCCGAAUCGAAUCUAUUAGCUAAACGAGAAUUAGCUCACCUGACAAGACCAUUUUUUAGGCGAAAUCUUGGACUACAAGAAGAUUUUCUUAGUUCAACAUAAAAACGAGAAGAGUUGUUAAUCUCAGUGCUCACGAAUUCAAAGAUGUUCUCUUAUACAACGUACAAUUUUAUAACAAUCUAUAACUAUAACAAGUAUAAUAAGAAAGAUAGAAAAACAACGACAAAAGAGACAAUUCUCAACAGACUAUUUUCCAAUUUUCAUUAUUUAUGCCUUAUUGAAUUAAUUUCUUAUGUAAAAAGAUGAACGAUUACAAUUUAUAUAGUACAUUCUUCUGCCAA